CAAGAUUAUAUGUUCCACCGACAUGGUUCCUGGGCGAAUUCGUUUAUACCUAGGAUAUAGCCUGUCACAAACACAGAAAUACCGGACGCUUCUGUGAAACGGUCCUUGACUUCUGGACGACAGGGGAGCCGCCAGUGGAUUCUCGCGAUGACUGCUAUAUUUGGCCCGAGGCUCUGCAGCUGGCGUCGCCGUUUGGCCAAUUCCCCAAAGACAGAUGCGACCUCCAACGCCGCAUCUCGUCCUGUGGGCUCGCUUCCCAGUACCACCUCCCAACGCCGACCCGCUAUUACCGGGCCACAACUACGGCCGCCGCCUUCCCGACCGGUUUGGAGUAGUUCGACACGCUCGACACCCCAGAACAGGACUGGAAAUGGCCAAAUCGCUCCUGUCUGCGUUGGGCCUUUUUGGCUGGGCCACUUCGGUCCAUGCCCAACAGUUUGUUGCGAAACACGAGCUUCCCUGGGAUCAGAUGUACCAGCGCUCAGCUGUCCGACAUCCUAGCCGCCAAGGCCGAACCAUUCGAAAACCAUCCUGUUGGCGGGAGUUGCCGUCCGUCCAGCCACUGCUCGGGCUAGAGACGGCCAGGACGCGUCGGAGCGCGGAUAUCACGGGGAGCACGCCGGACGCCGAAGCCGAAGGGAGCCCUGGGGCGGGCGCCGCAGACCGUCGGACCGGCGCAGCGCUGCAGGUCGGCGUGCAGCUGAUCUCGGACGAGGGCGGCAGACGGGGCCGUGGAGCGCGGGAUCUGCAACAGCAUGUGUUUACCCAGGAUGACGGAGCCCGUCACCGAAUCGGCCCCGGCCCCGACGAACCCGGCGCGGUGGUCAAUGGGCUUGGUGCGUAAGGGUCGCGUCGCCACCGGCUAAGCCCUUGAAGUCGCCACAGCUGCCGAGCAUACCGUGUGGGAUUCUGCGAAGGGGCCGGGAUGCGUGUGUGGAGUGGGUGAUGAUUGCGUUUUCAGCAGAGGACCUGGGCAACACCAUCCUUCCACACCGGAUCGGGGGCGGGCCACGUUCGUGGCGGUCUGGUGGGGGUAAGGUCAACCUAAGGAUUCCGUCCAUUUAUG